AUGUCCAGUUACGCUUCACAACCCAUUAGUCAACAACGAGAAAGUGGUUCUCAAAGAAGUGGUGAACAACGGCCAAUAGCAUCGUCGACUGUUUCCCAAAAUAAUGAGCCAGAGCGACGUCAAUCAUCGAGAUCUACAGAAACUGCAAGCAGUAGACACCAUCGCAGUGAUAGAAGACGUCCAGUAAUAUUUGUAAUCUAUUAUUCGAUGUAUGGACAUAUUGAACGUAUGGCAAAAGAAGUCUGUGACGGUGUUGAAUCUACAGGCUGUGAAUGUCGUCUAUUUCAAAUAGCUGAGACAUUACCCGCUGAAGUUCUUGCUAAAAUGCAUGCUAAAGAAAAGAAUAGCCAAAUACCAAUUAUCAAAGCCGAACAGUUACCCGAGGCUGAUGGUAUCAUUUUUGGUAUACCUACUCGUUUUGGCUCGACACCAACACAGGUCCGUGCUCUAUUUGACCAAUGUGGUGGUCACUGGAUGUCUGAUGCACUUUUCGGCAAGCCAGUAGGCGUCUUCUUCUCAACAGGUUCGAUCGGCGGUGGUCAAGAAACUACAGCACUCACCUGUGUGACCUUUUUUGCUCAUCUUGGGAUGAUUUUUGUACCACUCGGUUAUAAGAAUAAACGUUUACAGAGCAAUGAUGAAGUACAUGGUGGAUCAGCAUAUGGUGCGGGUACACUUGCCGGUGACGGUUCAAGACAACCAAGUGAACUUGAAUUGGAUCUUGCUAAAAGUCAAGGGCAUCAAUUCGCAAAAGUUGUGAAGAAACUAGCACGUUGA